AUCGGUUUGUUAUUAAGGUGGUCGACAUGCUAUAGGUAGCAGUGUGUUAAUACCUAUAUAUUGUAAAUACCAACCCAUUUUAACCAACUGUGCGUUUAAUUCAAACGAAACGUUAAUUAUCAUUGAGAGAAGGGAUUUUAACAGACGACAGGAGAAGUGACCGAUUACAACGAGACAUUUGAUUGGUUGGAGUGCUCUUUCGGUUGAUCUUUGACCUCUUGUCGUUUUUUUUAUCAUUCAUUUAUUUUUUCAAACGUUUGCACCUGUCCAAUGAUACACAUAUCUUUCGAAUUUAGUAGUAUAUUGAAUGUGGAAGUCCCACGCAACAAAAUCGAGCUGUGGAGCAUUUAAAGGAUUAAUUUAAUUUAUUUCGAUGGAUGUUUCGUUGCAGAACCUUUAAAACAGAGGCACAUUUUCAAGUUAUAAUGUUUUUACUUUAAAGUGAUUUUUAAAAAAGAAAUAAAAUGUGAAUUUUAUUUAUAUUAACUUGGGAUGUUUAUUUUCUCAUUACAAUGUUGGAUUAAUUGUUUACUAUGAUGAUUCAAGAGAUAAUUUCCACAGUAUUGUUACUAGCUGUGAUAAAGGUAACUGGAGCAAACAGAAUUACAAUCGGUAAAGAUGCAGAACUAAAAUGCAAGGAAUGGAAGAAAAGCUGUACUGAAGGCAGUUUAUGUGUAAUACAACACCUAUCAUGGCCCAUGAAUAUGUCAUUUCCCAUCUGUGUCCCGGAAAGUGAAAUCUCGGGUAUGUUGAUACAAGUGAAAUUGAGAAUUUGUCAAAAACCUCCUCAACCGGGAAACUGUGGCGCAAGAUGGGUACGAUGGUAUUUUAAUACUCACAUUCAAAAAUGUAGCUGGUUUUAUUUUCAAGGUUGCAGAGGAAAUGAAAAUAACUUUAAAUCAAAGACCGAAUGUGAAAGUGAAUGCAUGCCUAAUCAACAGACUAAUGUUAUACAGAAACCUAUAAUCGGCUUAGGUUCAAAUGAACCUGUGGUUGUUACACAACCUAUUAAGUCGCCUGACUACUCUAAUUAUAUAGACAGAGGUUACUUAGUCAGAUCACACAAAACUAGUGGUGAUAACAGAGAAGUAAGGCGAAAACGCAGACUUGAAAAGAGGCGUCAAAAACGCAUGCGCAAAUUGAUGCGGAAACGCCGCAAGAGUAUGCGUAGUAAAAAGCGAAGACGCGAAGGUAAAGUAAAGCCAAAAGGAAAUAAAAAACGCAAGAAUAAAAAUAAGAAAAAGAAGAAUAAACGCGGAAGACGUGGCAAAAAAAACAAAAAUCAAAAAUCAAAAGGUGAAAAAUCAAAAAUUACAAUCAUUCCAGGAGAAGAUGAUGAUAUUACCACCACGAGUGAUUUAAUGAACAAACUUGUUUCACAAGAGAUUUCUAAGAAGGACAAAAAGAAGGAGAGAAGAACAAAAUCAUAACAUUAGUGACACUAUUUAUUAUUGCAUUACUGUGGUGUUUGUUUUAUUGAUGUCUUUUCAGUCUUUAACAGAGUUAAAACAUAGCGGUAAAGCGGGUUCCUGCAAUGUAUAAUAGCGUACUAUGCUAUAACGAUGUUUCAAUAACAAUUCAAUAAUUCUGAAAGUGAAAAUAUAACAGUAUUUCUUUCAGGAAACUGGAAAUGCAACUUUGUUGCUUGGAAACUAAAAACAAUAUGAAAUCAUGACAAAUGCUACUUACCACGUUUCCAUUCAGUAUUUAAGGUUUCAUAGUUCCACAAACUUCAACCUUUACAAUGUUUUUACAUCGCGUUAGUUAUUUCUAAAUGCAAUAUUUUGUAGUUUAAGGGAUAAAGUAGUUGUGGUACUUUUCAGCAACAACAUGAGUGGCUCUAUUGAUUUUAAUCAAUAAAUUGGCAAAGAGGCUCAACAAAUAGUGAUUGAAACACAUAUAUGUUGUAUCCAUGCAUUCGUUACGUGAUGUUAUCAAUGCUUGCUUUUGUUAUGAAUACAAGAACAGUACAGACAUGAUUGAUAUUUACAGGUCUAUAAUGCACUAAUAGUUUAAGCUAUCAUUGUAUAUAGAUGUCAGCGGUCAUUUAAUUUUACUGUAAAUAUUUCAUUUUUGAGUUAUUCUUUUUUUUGUUACAUAAUGUAUUUUCUUAAGAAGCCACUGAGUGUAAAAUAUCGUUGAGUAAAGCUGUGGCCAAUAUUGUGGCAUAUUUUGACCAAAAACUGUGCUCGGAAUGCCUCUUUCAGGUUAGAUAUGUUGUUUCGAUAUGUUUAUAGCGUCACUACUGACCUUUCUGCACUUCAGUGUUCAAAUUAUAUUAACCUGUUCAGUUAAUAAUUAAAUCAACAUAAUUUUGAGAGGCCUGAUUACAUUUACAAUUUUUGCCAUUUCAAGGGCCACAAAAUUACCCUUAUCGUACCUUCUUUUUUCCACUGUUUUGUUAAUUUCAACUUUUUAUUCUUUCACUUUAUUUGUGACCCUUUAGAAACAUAUUAAUGGCAGCAAUGUAUGGAUUUUUCAAUUUCGCAGUAAACCAGCUAAUUUGCGCUAGGACAGAUUGAAUAUGAAUGAAAAUAUGGAUAACAUCUUAUUACAACAUUAGCGGUCUUUUAUCAGAUUUUUACAAAAAAAAGAAAACACGGUUUAAAUUAAUCUAAAUAAAGAAAUAUGGUAAUUGUAAAUAAAUCAUCCACAAAAGCCAAAAGAAAGGAAAUAAAGAUAUUUGAAGGGUAGCAAAAUACCUUCAAUAACCUACUCUUUAUGUUAAACUCUAUAAAUAUGUCUUGCGUUUCUAUUGAUGUCACAAAACAGUCUUUGUUUUGUUCUGAAUAAGAAAAUCAUUUAUAUAAUUUCUGUGAAAAGGAAAUACUUUCUUUGAGGGAUACACCUUUGUUGCUUUCAAAUUAACAGAUAUUAUCACAAAAUAUGAUAUGAAAUUACAGCAUUUAGGUAUCUUAUUUCUCUCUGUUUUCAAUGUGAAACUAUUAUAACAUUAAUUUUGUAAAAUUAUAAAUCAAGAGUUUUGUCAGUAAGGAGAAAAUAAAGGAAAUUUAUCGGUUUUAAUUUUUCUUUGUUACUUUUUGUUUAUUCAUUUUACAUCAGCUUAAAACUAAUCUCUCGUUUUCUGAACCAAGUUAAAACUUUCGUGGGAACAUUAAAAGCAUGUCUAGCUAUUUUGUCCUUUAAAAAAUAUGACAUUUUCUGGUAUAAUGGUAAACUUGUUUGAGUGAAUGUUGCAAAUACCUUAAUGAUAUACUGGUAAUGAUGUUUGCACUUAAGGGCCUUUUACUUUUAAAAGGCCUUCACCUGCCCAGAAAUCUUAUUUAUUUAAAAUUUUCAGCAUUUUGCUUACUAUUGCUUGUAUGUAAAUAAUAUGUUUAAAAAGUUGACCUUUUUUGUCUGUUUUCAGGGUACAUGUAUUAAUUAAAUAUCUGAAUUUGUGAUAUGAAGUUUUGAUUUGGAUCAUCUAUGUUAUAAAAAUUAUGAAACUUUGCAUAAUAAUAAUCAAAACAAAAAUUUUCAUUGUAUACUAUUUGAAAUGUAAAAUAAAAAAAUUA